UGCUCUCAGUGUGGAAAGAGUUUUACACAUAAAUCAAACCUUAAGAAUCACAUGUUAAUUCAUGCUGGGAUAAAGCCUUUCAGCUGCUCUCAGUGUGGAAAGAGUUUCAUGUGUAAAGUAAGCCUUAAGAAUCACAUGUUAAUUCAUGCUGGGAUAAAGCCUUUCAGCUGCUCACAGUGUGGAAAGAGUUUUACACAGAAAAGACAACUUAAGAAUCAUUUGGUAACACACACUUCAGAAAAACCUUUCAGCUGCUCUCAGUGUGGAAAGACUUUCACUUGUAAAGCAAGCCUUAAGAGUCACAUGUUAAUUCAUGCUGCGAUAAAGCCUUUCUCCUGCUCUCAGUGUGGAAAGAGUUUUACAUAUAAAACACGCCUUAAUAGGCACAUGUUAGUUCAUACUGGGAUAAAGCCUUUCAGCUGCUCUCAGUGUGGAAAGAGUUUUACACUGAAAGGACACCUUAAGAAUCAUUUGGUAACUCACACUUCAGAAAAACCUUUCAGCUGCUCUCAGUGUGGAAAGAGUUUUACACAGAAAGGACAACUUAAGAAUCAUUUGGUAACUCACACUUCAGAAAAACCUUUCAGCUGCUCUCAGUGUGGAAACACUUUCAUGUGUAAAGCAGAACUUAAGAAGCACAUGUUAAUUCAUACUGGGAUAAAGCCUUUCUCCUGCUCUCAGUGUGGAAAGAGUUUUAGAAAGAAAUCAUGCCUUAAUAGGCACAUGUUAAUUCAUACUGGGAUAAAGUCUUUCAGCUGCUCUCAGUGUGGAAAGAGUUUUACACAUAAAUCAAACCUUAAGGAUCACAUGUUAAUUCAUGCUGGGAUAAAGCCUUUCAGCUGCUCUCAGUGUGGAAAGAGUUUUACACAUAAAUCAAGCCUUAAGAAUCACAUGUUAAUUCAUGCUGGGAUAAAGCCUUUCAGCUGCUCUGAGUGUGGAAAGAGUUAUACACAGAAAAGACAACUUAAGAAUCAUUUGGUAACUCACUCUUCAGAAAAGCCUUUCAGCUGCUCUCAGUGUGGAAACACUUUCACGUGUAAAGCAAGCCUUAAGGAUCACAUGUUAAUUCAUGCUGCGAUAAAGCCUUUCUCCUGCUCUGAGUGUGGAAAGAGUUUUACACUGAAAGGACACCUUAAGAAUCAUUUGGUAACUCACACUUCAGAAAAACCUUUCAGCUGCUCUCAGUGUGGAAAGAGUUUUACACUGAAAGGACACCUUAAGAAUCAUUUGGUAACUCACACUUCAUAAAAGCCUUUAUCUGCUCUCAGUGUGGAAACACUCACUUGUAAAGCAAACCUUGAGAAGCACAUGUUAGUUCAUACUGGGAUAAAGCCUUUCUCCUGCUCUCAGCGUGGAAAGACUUUUACACUGAAAGAACACCUUAAGAUUCAUUUGUUAACUCACACUUCAUAAAAGACUUUUAUCUGCUCUCAGUGUGAAAGGUCUUUGACAAAUAAAGGAUACCUUGAGAAUCACAUGUUUAAAGUGGUCAUUGAAUGCCCAUUUUCCACAAGUUUAUAUGAUUCUUUAGGGUCUUAAAGGGGUCAUAUGAUGCAAUUUUUAAACUUUCUCUUUGGAGUGUUACAAGCUCUUGGUGCAUAAAGAAGAUCUGUUAAGUUGCAAAGACUAAAGUCUCAAAUCCAAAGAUAUAUUCUUUAUAAAAGUUAAGGGUCAACCACACCCUCUAAAACGGCUUGUUCUAACAUGCUGCCACAUCUCUAUGUCUCUAUGUGGGAAGAAUUGCAUAACACCGACCCAAAGGUUCACGCAAAGAUAGAAGGCAUAACUUUUAUUCUCUCUUUUGCCGCAGCUGCCAUGUUG